AUGGUGCCUACCAAUCAACCGUUUACUUUGCGUUCAAUUCUUGAGAAAGAUAAGUUGAAUGGAACAAACUAUGCAGAUUGGAUCCGCAACCUAAGAAUUGUUCUCAGGGCUGAGAAAAAGAAAGAUAUUCUAGACACCCCAUUACCUAUAGAGCCUACUAAUAAUGCACCUGCUGUUCAGAAAAACGCUUACAAGAAGGCAUGUGAUGCUGAUCUUGAAAUGCUGUUUGACAACAACCAUGCAGCGUACGAUAUGAUCGUGGCGCUCAAUGAUAUGUUCCAGACUCAAGCCAGGACUGAAAGGUUCAAUGUCUCAAAGGCUUUUAUUGAAACCAAGCUAGCAGAGGGCGCAACAGUAGGGCCACAUGUGAUCAAGAUGGUUGGUUACACUCAGAGGUUGGAGAAGCUAGGCUUCCCAAUUGGCCUAGAGUUGGCUACUGAUUUCAUUCUCGCGUCUCUUCCACCUAGCUAUGGGAACUUCAUCUCGAACUACCAUAUGCAUGGGGCGGAAAAGGGCUUGAAUGAAUUGUGUGGCAUGCUUAAAACUUUAGAGGCUGAUAUCAAGAAAGGUGCUGGCAGUAGCCAUGUGAUGGCGGUCCAAAAUAAGCCCCGAUUUAAAAAGAGGGGCAAUUCUUGGAAGAAGAAGAAGGGCAAGGCUAAAGGUGAGGCUAAAGGUGAGAACUCUAAGCCAAACCCACCUGCGCCCAAGGCUGGACCAACUGCUGACACUGAAUGCUAUCAUUGUAAGGGGAAAGGUCACUGGAAGAGGAACUGCAAGCUAUACUUAGAAUCCAUGAAGGAUAGCGGUGGUAAAGGUCAUAUAAGUGAGAAUCGCAUGAAGAGGCUCCAUGCUGAUGGGCUUUUAACUUCGUUUGAUUUUGAAUCAUACGAGACAUGUGAGGCUUGUUUGCUAGGGAAGAUGACCAAGGCGCCUUUCACAGGAUAUGUGUUCACAAUAAAUGGUGGUGCGGUUAGCUGGAAAAGUUCCAAGCAGGAGACGGUGUCCGAUUCUACAGCAGAAGCCAAGUACAUCGCAGCUUCUGAAUCUACGAAGGAAGGUGUUUGGAUGAGGAGGUUUCUCAUUGAACUUGGUGUGUUUCCAAAUGCAUCUAGCCCAUUGAAUCUGCAUUGUGAUAGCAAUGGGGCUAUAGCACAGGCCAAGGAGCCAAUGAAUCACAAAAAGAACAAACAUGUACUUCAAAAAUUUCACCUCAUUAGAGAGUUCAUCAGUAGAGGUGACAUCAAGAUGUGCAAGAUACACACGGAUUUGAAUGUUGCAGAUCCUUUGACAAAGGCUCUUCCACAGCCUAAGCAUGAGACGCACAUGAGAGCUAUGGGUAUUAAAUAUCUUCGAGAUUGA